CUGAAAGUCAUUCAUGCUAUGCCCAUGUACGUUUCUGCUGCAUUUCAUAAAAUCAGGUUACUCCCUACCAUUAUUUGCCCACACAAUAAGUAAAAGCUUGUUUUUCUUAUGUUCCAUAACCUGUUUUGCAAACCUGGCCUGUUUUGACACCACCUCUUGUGCUGGGACCUCAUCUAUAUCAAGCAUGUUACUUAGGCACAAUAUUUUGAGUUGAAGAGGAAUUUCUCCCUGAAUUAGCAAACAUGCUAACUGGACAACUAUUGUAUACAAACCAUGUGUUUGCAAGUAGGAUGUUUUCAUUGUUUGACCACCUUUUUGGUAAUGGAACAACAUUCCUAUCAACAUUGGGUUUUAGGGAUUGGGGUGUGUGAUUGAACAAUGUUAGCAUAAUAUUGGCAUAACUUUAUAUUACGUUACUGAUUGGGCUAACUAUAAUGGAUAUAGUUAGGGUUAUAUGUGUUUGGCGUGAAUGUUCCAGACAAAAGAUACAGAGCUAGAAACAAAGUCACAGUUACCUGAAAUGAAUGUAUUACCAAAUCAAACAAAAAUCAGUUUACCUGGAAACUUGAAUCUAUUUUCUGUCUGAAAUGCAUCUCGAAUUACAUGAACUUGAUACUACAGCUUGGUGGUUAUGAAAGUAGAUCCAAAUGUUGAUUGAAAUGCUGUCAGGCCAGUAGACAUUUGAGCCAACGAGUGCACCUUUGUAGUUAAUCAGACUAAUGCAUCCAAUUAUGGUGUUAAAAGCACAUUACAUUUUGUCAUCCAUAUCUUUUUAUUGUAUAGUUUUUCAUUUGUUUCAAUGUAGCAGCUUGUAUCUCAAAAUGAGCGUUUUAUUUAAUAAAAUUAUAUAAUUCACCUCCAGCCCAAUUUUUCUACAGCCGUAGGCACGUUUACACAUGCCUAAAUAUACAAAAUAUGAUAUGCACUGGUGGAGGGCGGCAUUCAUGACUCUGUGCAGUGUGAAGCAUAAAACCUGCAAGAUUCAACAAACCAGCUGAGCUCAAUAAUCUCACAGGCGCCUUUCUAGAUCUCCUGAUAGCAUUGGCUGCUUCAUUCUUGUGCCUGCUGUAGAAAUGGAGGGGCUUGUAGAAGGCUGUUUGGGGUUUCUGUACGAUCUGCUGGUGGUAGUCUGUGUUGGGCUCCUGCUUCUGCAGGUUGUUGAGGGUCGGUCAGUGUGGUGGUUGGUGCUGCUUCUGGUUCCGGGAGUCACGUUGAGCUAUUUGGUCCAUUCAAGUGCUCUAAAAGUAGGCCUUGUGAGUGUGCUGUGCAGUGUCAUCCACUAUGUAGGGAGAGAAGGGGUCACGUUGCCUACCCAAAGCAAGGCGGUACUGAUCACAGGUUGUGAUUCGGGUUUUGGUAAUGAUCUGGCCAAGUUUUUAGACAGCGCAGGGAUGAGGGUGUUUGCAGGAGUUCUGGAUGAACUCAGUCCUGGAGCUCUGGAGCUUAAGAAAGCUGAAUCACCAAACCUCACCGUCCUACAGUUAGACAUCACCAACAGCAGCCAGAUCACACAGGCACGCCAGUACAUCCAGAGCCAAACAGGUGAAACAGGACUCUGGGCACUAGUGAACAACGCUGGAGUGCUGGGAUACAUGUGUGAUGGAGAAAUUCUGCCAAUUAAAAUGUAUAAAAAAUGCUUAGAUGUGAAUUUUAUUGGUAGUGUGGAAAUGACACAAGUCUUUCUGCCUCUGAUACGGCAAUCGAAAGGACGACUCAUCAGUAUAUCCAGUAUGGCAGGAGAAGUUCCACUUCCUGGAUUCGCAGGAUAUGGGGCGUCUAAAGCAGCACUGAUCUCUUUCAGUGGAGCGAUUAGACAGGAACUCUCACGCUGGGGAGUCAAAGUCAUCAUCAUUCAACCUGGAGCUUUCAAAACAAAUAUUCUGGGCAGCAGAGAGCAGUGGAAUAGAGCUGAGGAGGACGUCCUCAGCGGUUUGUCUCCGGAAGCGAUGGCAUCUUAUGGAGAAGAGUACAUCCGCUCAAUGCAGCAGCGGCUGCUCCACAUGUCCUCAGUAUCAAGCGCAGACACAGGGCCCUUUCUGGAGGAUUUAAAGCAUGCAAUACUGUCCCCGAGACCAAAAGCCUUUUAUUACCCCGGGGCCUCAGCGUGGGCUUUUCCAUUGCUCUACAGACACUGUCCCACCUCUCUGUCAGACAGAAUCCUCUCACAAAUGUUUAUGAGCAGUGAUCCCCAACCUGCAGAAGUCUUGAAUUCUUGUGCUUGCUGAUGCACACAUUCAGGGUGAAUUCAGGUAAAGUAGACUGUUUAAGUUUGAUUGUACUGUUCUCAAUGGGUUUACACUUUCAGAGCAUAACAAUGGGUUUUAAAUAAAGGGACACUAUUUC